AUGGAUGACGACAGGUGAAGCGGCGGAGCGGGCUUCCUCCGAUGCCUUUCCCUCAACUCCCGCCGCCGUUCUCCCUGUCGGCCGCACCACGACGACCCGUUCGACGACAGAGAGUGAACCGAGCGGUUCCAUGAGCACGCAGCCGGGAUGCCGAAGCGCAAGCUCGAGGACGACCAGAGCGAGCCCGACGAGCUGGCCGUGCCGCUGCCCAUCCAAACCUUCCUGUGGCGACAGACCAGUCCCUUUAUACGCCCGAAAAUUGGCAAGACCCACGAUGCAUCGGCGAUGGAACAACGAGAAGCAUGCAAGUCGUUUGAGAAAGUUCUGGUGCAAAACAUUCAGUUUGGCCUAUCACCCAGUCUGACUGUCGCCAUCAAAAGCAUCAGAAGGUGGCGCCUGGUGCGCGCAGCCCUGCCGCACGUGAUGCACUGCUGCGCGGCGCUGCUGCAUGCGCGCAAAGAGAGCUGCCUGGAGAAGCUGGGCUCGGCCGAAACCAAGCUGCUCUACACUCUCCACUGGAUCCUGCUGGAUGCGGCCGAGGAGUGUAGCGACGCCGAGCACGCCGGGGGCCCCGACCCCGCUCGCUACGUCUUCCCCAUCAGCGUUAUACAGGUGUUUGUGUACCUGUUUGCGCCACUGAUCCCGUUCCUGAAGCAGUCGGACUUUGUGGGCAGCUUCCGGCUGGAGAAUGGGGUGCGCAUCUGGGAACCCCUCUGGGAGUUCCGGCACCCCAGUGUGCCCUGUUUCACGGCCCCCGUGCAGCCCCACGGGGCCAGGGCGGGAUCUCGGGGGGACCUGGAGCUGCGCAGGCCCCACUACGGGGACGUCUUCCUCGGGGGGGCCCCGGGGGCCAAGCUCAGGAAGCAGGAGUCUUCCAAGACUGGGACUGAUGAAAACGAGGGCAGCGGCCGCACUUCUCCUGACCCAAUUCCUACCAGCAGGGCUUCCUCGGCAUCUGCCAUGAAAGAAGGGGUGGACUCCGAAAUCAACGUCUCUUUGAGCAAGGACACCGAGAUCAGAGCGGCCAUUUUGGAAGGUUGUCGUCCAAGUCCUUCCAAAUCUCAGGGCGAGCUGGGCGCACGUCCCGAGCGUUCCGCUGACCGCAAGGAGGCGAUCCUGGCGGACCCCUGCAUGGCCACCUACCUGGACGUCUCUGUGCUGCGCUGUCUCUUCAUCUCCCAGUGGCUGGAGGAGGGUGUUCACUGGGCACUCCAGUUCCUUCUCAACCGACUGCGUGCCGUGGCAGAAGAGCAGUCCCGGGAGGUGCGUCCGCGCAGACGCAGCAGCUCGCUGCCCGUGGCCCGGGCGGAGGCGCCCCCCCCGCCCUCCCCCAAACAACCCCCGCAGCCGUCUCCCGUCGCGGCGCGGCCCCUGCCGCCCCUGGGUCCCCCCUGCGGACCCCCAAGCCACCACGCCAGCAUGCAGGAGCUGAGGCAGCAACCCCUUCCCCACCGCGACAUGCCCUCCCCCGACCUGCGCCGGCACCGGCGUCUGAACCGGGGAGACCUGCGCGCCUUCGUGGAGGAAAGGCUGCGCCUCUCGGAGCGCAUCCUGGACCGCCUGGGACGCGACGACGACGACGUGGCGCUGCACCGACCCGCCCCGGCCCCCGACGCCCCGCACGAGGGCCCCGCACUUGCCGCAGCCGAGCCGCAGCCUCUACCGCCCGAGGCGGCGCCACCGCCACCGCCGCCGCCGUCGACCUUUGAGCGCGUGGGCCGCGUGCCCGCGCCUCCCUUGCAGCGCCCCAAGUCCGCACUGGGCCUGCUCAGGGACUGGGGGGGGCCGACUGACGCAUUCCCCAGGGGCGAGAUGGUCCGAGGCAAGAGCCUGCCCAGCAUCCACAUCGAGGAGCCCGCCCCCCCGGGGCCCGAGGAGGAGGCGGCCCCUUCCGCGGCACUCCCCGCACCCAAGGGGGGCGCGGAGGCGGCGCGCAAGCUGCCGGCCGUGCACACACACAGCGUGCCCAACCCCAUCAUCACAGUCACGGAGCACUCGCCCGUCGCCUCCAUCCAGUUUUUCAUCAACCAGGACUCUGCAGAGAGCCCCAAGGAAGAGACUCCGCCCAGUGCGGUGUUUGUGCCCCCCUGCCACCAACUGUCCAUCACGCGCAGCCAGACGGACUCGAACAUCUUGUACAGCAUCGACGACUUCAACGAGGCCUCUGGGUCCACCCACUACAUCACUCUGGACGGACGCAUCAACCUCUUCGUCGUCCUCAAGGCGGUGCACGCGGUGACGCUGCGGGAGACGAGCUGCUCCCUGCGGGUGUGCGGGGCCCUCGUGUCCAUCCUGGAGCUGCUCUUGGGAAUGGACGUGCUACCCCGGCGGAGGAGCGACGACCCCUGGGAGGACCUGCUGGCACCACGCCCGGACGCUGACCGACGCUCCGACCAGCUCUCCACCCACAACCUGUUCGUCGACAGCAUCGUCAGGGUGAUGAAGCACCUGGGCUGUCCCCACGGCUGCGGGGAGGGCCACCGGUCAUCGAGCGCAGAGACGGUGCGUCGACAAGCCCAGGGUUGCCUGCUGCGCCUGCACAAAGCAGACGAGGCCCAGUUUCGCAGGUUCCUUCGGGAGCUGGUGCGUGAGCGUUCGUUGCCGGAAGUGGUGGACGUCUACCAUGCCUUCAUGGGCUUCUGCGCCGAGACCGGCUCGUCCCUGCUCUCGCCCCUGACCCAGAAGCGUACGAGCACGACGAGCAGUCAGGAGGGUGCCACGCACACCGGCUAUGCCAACAACUUUGGAGCCGGCCCCGGGGGUGCUUCGUCUAAGGGCAUCGAGGGGGUCGUGGUCACCUGCACCUUCAAGGCCCUGGUUACCCGGCUGGCACGCUGUGGGAAGGACCUCAAGAACCAGGACAACAUGUCGCUGUACUGUGACCUGCGCCAGCUCAUGAGCUACGUUCACGACAACCAUGGCGGCAUCUUUCGGAGAGUGGCUCUGAGCGGGAUGCUGGACAGUGCAGACCGGCCCAACAAGAAGAAGAACUACGUCCCAGGCACCAGGAUUGUCAGGCACACAAAGUCUCUGGAGCACGAGGAAAUGAGAGACCCUUUGUUCUCGUCGAACGUGUUCAUCAUCGACGAGACUGCGGUUGAAAAGAGCAGCCGAAAGUCCUUCUUCCGCAAGAGGGGUGUGAGGAAGGUGCCUAGUGCCCAGAGCAUUCUGGACGAGAAGGAGGACGUCUCUGCGUGCCCGAGCCCCCUGCCAGGGCAGACCACCCCGUCGUUUCCCCGGCAACACCGGGCCCUGUCCGCCAGGCUCAGUGUUUCGGAAGGAGACAACAUUUCCCUCACCCCCAAGCACAGCAAGGGCUCAAAGUUUCCCCUGGUGGGGUGGCUGCGGGGGGAUCGCAGGACGGACACGGGGGAGGAGGAGGCGUCCUCCCCUGGAGGCCUUCCGGCCGACAGUUCACCCGGCGCCGUGGACCGGGUGCCCCGGCGCUCGAGCGCCCUGAACCGGGGCAUGCCGGCCAAGCCUCCGCCCAAGUCGGCCAGUCACAUGAGCCUGACCCUGCUGCGGGCACGCAGGCGCAUGGAGGACCAGCUCUGCAAGCUCGGCUUCGGGCGCAGCAAGAGCAAGCACGGCAGCUUCGAGGAGCCCCCAGACCUGAGCCGCCGCAACUCGUUCGACCUGGACCCGGCCCAGCGGGAGGGGGAGAUGCUGAUGCUGAAGGAGAGCAAGCUGGUGAACAUGCAGCUGGUGCAGGACGGCAUGCUGCGCUUCGCCUUCCUCCAGGAGGUCUGCCAGCCGGGCACCGUGCCAGAUGCCCCGCUGCUGGCCGCAGCCCUCGACCUGAAGGCUCCCGUGGUGUCCCGGGCAGCGCUGUACCUGGAGUGUGCCCACUUCGUGCACCGGUGCAACCGCGGCCAGUGGCCCACCUGGAUGAAGCUGAACCUGCCGGUGUUCCGCCCCUCGGGGCCCCUGGCCAACCGGGGCACCCCGUCGGGCAUGCACCGCACCCACAUCCUGCAGAGGGCCGCGGGAAAGCUCUUCUUCCAGUGGGCGGAGGCCAUUGGGGCCAGGCUCGAGGAGAUGCUCCAAAGUGAGGUGCUGGACCCUCUGGAGCUGGCAGCCCUGGCUGCAGAUGAACAAAAGCGUCGCCAGUGCAGGAUGGAGGACGAGGAGGAAGACUUUCUGGACGAGGCGAGCAUCGACCCGGCGGGCAGCGGGUGCCCAUUUGCCCUGAAGAUGGCAGCGUGCCAGCUGCUGCUGGAGGUGACGGCGUUCCUGCGAGAGACAUACCAGCUGCUGCCCCACAAGGCCGGCCUGCGCACGUCCACGCGGGAGCGCCCGCCGAUGGAGCCUCGUAGUGUGAAUGCCAACCGUCGCUGGAGCAUGGCCCUCAGCACUCUGGGCGUGAGCCAGACCUCGGCCCACAGCCUGGUCUCGCUCGCCGAGCAGACCCACCCAGUGGUGGUAGGAGAGAGAAGGAUCAGCUUUGUGCUGCACGAAGCAGACGCAGAAGGAGAGUCGGAGAACAGCAGCAACAACACGGUCAACGUGCCAGAGGAACUUGUCCUUCCAGACGAAAAACGAGGCCGGCGCAUUGCCCAGGGGCGUCCCCACCUGCUGCGCAGGGCGGGGGGCUCCUGUGCGGGCCACAACUCGAGCUUCAAGCGCUGCAGCCUCAAGCUGAAGAAGCCCGGCGACCGCAAGUCCCGGGCACGUUCCUCGACGUUCGCCGAAGAUGAGGAGGAAGGAGGGUUGAGGAGGACGGAGAGCAUCAAGUCCCGGCGCAAGGUGAGCGCGGUCUCUGACCGGAGCGACACGAGCGAGCGGGCGGAUGUGAGUGGGGAGGAGAGCCCGGGAGUGCUCAGCGACGAGCCAGCACCAGAGAGCCCCGUGGACCUGCUCGCAGCAGACGGAGAGGACGCCGCCGCCAUCGCCGCCAGGAUGCCCUGGCUCAAGGUCAUAGUCCAACUGUGUGGUACCCUGAACUUCACCUGCACGCACCAGCAGUUUUGCCACUUUACGUGUUACCGGCGACAGAUGAGAGCUUGCAACCGCCUCGCAAAGAGCGUGCGAAAGGUUUACGGAGACGACUUUGGACUCAUCCAAGACAUUGGGAAGCAGCAGGAAGACAAGGAAGGUGGAAAGAAGGACAAGAAAUUCAAGAAGAUCAUCACGGGCCCCAGCUCGCCACUGCGACGCAAGGCGAGCCUGGCCCACAACCUAGAGAAGCUGGAACGUGCCCUGGACGGAGCCCGGUCCCUACACAGCAGCGCCACCUGCCUAGUGCACGACGUGGAAGGAGGGCUGACUGCCGGGGGAGGGGCAGAGGGUAAGGCGGAGCCCAGAAAGAGGCCCCGCCCCCUGGCCAGGGACGACAACCCCACCCUCAAGUACCUCAGGACUCAGGUGAUGGGCCUGUUCCACAGCCCCCUAUCGACGCUCAUCAAGGGCAUCGUGGUGGCUUCGGAAGAGACCCUGGUCGAAGCCAUGCCAAUUGCCUGGGAACUCCUGCUCGAGGGCGAUCAGCAGCUGGCUGCAGUUUCAGCUGUAACCUUCAUUCUGGCUGCCGUCAAGGCGCCCGAACACGCCUCCGAACUCGUGAGCAGGGAACUGAAGAGCGAGGACACGACACAGAGGGUCAACGCCCUACUCAGGUUUCAAGCCCUGUGGAAGUUCCGUUACCAGUGCUGGCUCAGGAUGGAAGAGGCGGCACAUUUGGUCUUCAAGGUGCCCCCUCCCACGAUUGAGUUCACCCUGCCGAGCCCCCGCAUUGCCCUGGACUGCGCUCCGGUGGCAGAUCCGCCCUGGAUGCCCCAGGUCAAGACCAAGGUGGAGGAGGUCACCAUCAACCAGGACCAGUCGCGGUCGUUUGUGACAGCGACCCAGACACGGCGUAAGCAGCAGAUGGAGCUGAUUCAUCGGGCACUUCAGGCAGAGGAGGAGAAGAAGUGCAAUGAGCGGGAGAACUUCCACAUCACGGCCGUGGCCGUCAACGUGCUCUCGGCCUACGAGCCGGCGCUCUUUCACGCCGUCGAGGAACAUGAGGAAGGGGACGAAGACCAGUUGGCGGAGCGCAGUGCGGCCCAUCCGAUCCACGUGGCCCAUGCCCUGUUCCCGUCCUGCCUGUGUUCCGCUGCCGUCUUCAUCAUCAACCUCCUCAAUGACGCCGAGGUCAACAUGGAUGGCGUUGCCGUGUACGAGGUGGCGUACCAGGUGGUGUGGCGCUGCCUGGUGGAGGACACGGCGCUGUUCCUGCGCCACUUCCUGGAGCGGCUGACCCGGGAGAAGCAGGACACGGUGAUCCAGGUGCUGAGGCGCCUGCUGCGCUUCGUUCCCCGGCUGCCCGCCCAGGCCGCCCACACCCUCUACAACUACCUGGUUGGCUACAUAAUGUUCUACAUCCGAGCUCCCAUUGAAGGUGGCACAGAGCUCAUUGCUAACGCACUUUCCAUACUCUGGCUGGUUGUGCCGAGUGUCCAUGGAUUGUACCUCAAAGACCUCAAACAAGUCUUGAGGAAGGAGCAGUGCGACGCGACUCUGCUCAUCACGGCCAACGUCCCGAGCGCCAAAAAGAUCAUCGUCCACGGACCCGACGUUGGCGGGAUACCUUCCCAGUUCCCAAUUCACGAGGACACGCAGUUUCUGCACAUCCUCCAAGACAGCCUCGACUUCUUCAGCAUAGAAGAAAACGAGCACAAGUGUUUCUUUCUGGUGGACACCAAGACAAAUCAGAUGCACAACCCCAGCGCCUUUGUCCGAGACUUCUACUUCUUCAAGCGGUCGCAGUAUCCUCAACUGACCCUCCUCAAAAUGGAUCCGGAGGAAGCGUUCCAGGCGGGGCAGCAGCAGGCAUUUUACCUGCAUUUCGUCGAAGUUGGCAAGGUUCUGAUGAGCCUGGCCAUCCUGAGGACCAGCCACCAGCUGGCGCCGAGGGUCCUGUUCCUGCACGACGAGCUCACCAAGCUGCCCUCGUUUCCCCGGAAGGCCCUGGAGGCUGACUUCGAGCUCUACACCGGCAAGUUCGGAAAAGAACUUCUAGGAAUGGAUACACUGCACAAGAUGGUCUGGGUGAAACUGAUGGCUCGGAUGUUCGAGGCGAUGGCGGGGUUCUUCGCCCACUCGUCGGACAUCCACCUGUUUCUCAACGUGGUCAACGGGGCGCUGGUGCUCCACCCGGAGGAUGCCACCAUCCUCCGCCUCUGCAUGGCCACCUACAUCAACGCGGCACACCAGUUUAGGAACAUCUUUGCCUCCAAUGGCUAUUUGCUGAUUAUGCCGACUAUCCUUCAAAUCUACUCCAACCAUCAGACCAAUGGACUGCUGUGCAGAACAGUGGAGUUCAUCUGCAAGCAGUUCUAUAUCAUGCACAGGAAACCCUUCAUUCUCCAGAUGUUUGGUAGCGUUGCACCGCUGUUGGAUCUUGAUGUUAACAGCAACUUCGGAGAUGCAAACAAGAUGCAGCCCAAGGCCCUGUUCCAGCUGCUGCAGUCCCUGGCCCAGUACAUUGUAGACCCUUUGGAUAUACUGGAGCUGGUGGAUGCAGAGAAGCCCCUGCGGGCACUGGACUUCUGCUACCAGAUGGACCCGGACACCCUGACCAUUCUGGACGCUGUCUCCCUCUGCGUCACCGUCGUGUCCUACGCCUCGGACUCUCAUCGGGGACACCAGAUGCUGACAAUCCUGGAGGCGGUGCUGCCCUUUUACCUGCACCAUCUGCAGUCACUGACGACGAGGAAGGAAACGCCUGGGGGUCCCCGCACGGAGCUGCAGAUGAUCCACAGCGUGUCCGUCUGCAUGAAGACACUCAUCAGCAACUGUGAAGCCCUCACCAGGAACUAUACGGGGCCUCAGAAAGCGAUUGACCUGAGGGGUUCUAGCAUCAAGAAUGCCUCACGAGGUGCUUGUUCGCCUCCCUUCGAAGUCGAGGAGGACCUGCCGUCCAGGUUUGUGAACGAGACACUGUACGGGGCGCGCAAGCCCGCCCUGGGCUACGAGCGUGGGGAGGACGAGGACAGCGACCUGGUGCGACUGGAGUUCCGCCAGCCGAGGGACACUCUCCUGUGCGUGGUGGCCGAGUUCCUCACCAAGUGCUCGGCCCGCCUGGCUGACCUCAGCAAGAAGAUCCCGGACCUGCCCAGCAAGGCCACCGAGUUGCUCGACGUCAAGUGUCACCUGCGACUAGCCGAAGUGGCCCACAGCCUGCUCAAGAUGGCCCCUUACGACCCCCAGACGAUGGCGUGCCGGGGCCUGCGGCGCUACCUCAACGAGGUGCUCCCGCAGUCGGAGUGGGCCCAGGAGGCCAUGCGCCCGGCACUCAUUAUGGUCAUACGCCGGCUCGACAAGACCUUCACCAAGAUCGCCAAGAAGCCGGCCAUACGGAGGCUGGUGGACUGGGAAGCAGCUCGCAACCUUCUCAAGGGGGUCUACAUGACCCUGUUCAAGCACCCAUACAUUGCCCAUCUGCCACACCUCAAGUCGCUGGUCGCCAUCUGCCAGAGCAUCAUCGUGGGAGAUCAGAACGCCUCGCUGGUAGCCGAGAGCAGCGGCAACGUGUCGGUCUCUGCCGCAGCCCUGGCUCAGUCCCCGCCUCCGGGCUUCUGCUCGGUGGCCGUGCGCCUCGUCACCAUGCAGAUGAUCGCCCUCGGGGAGUCGCUCUCUCUCGAAAGCAUCUGUGGAGGAUCGUCUAUCCUGUCAAGCACGGACAAGACAGAAAUUUUUCUGAUGAAUUUCAUUCUUCCGCUCUGCAUACGGGUCAGCAGCGGAGUUAAAGACGUGCCCAAGAUGCGCCAGAUGGACAUCUCCUUUGCGCUGACCGUGGUGCUGAACGCACUGUCGCCGGCUGGAGGGCACAAGCACCAGCACCAUCCGGCGGCGAGUGCAGUGGGGAAGCUGCCCUCGGAGGCGCAGCAGAACACGGCCCAGGAGAAGGCUUCGACCAGCCUGAGGAGCUCCCUCUACCAGAUCGGUUUUCUAGGGCUGAAGAUCUUGAUAGUGUGUUACGAAAGACAACUGGUUGGCGACUGGCACAGAAUUGCCCGCUGUAUUCGUGAACUGGGCAACAGGCUUCAGGGUGGACUGGCUCUCUGGAGCUUCCUGGACUUUGUUGUGACACACCGGACCCCCCUGUUUGUGUUGCUUUUCCCACUCAUCAAGUACAAGAUCUUGCAGACAAUCUGCGACAACGAACAGGAGUACUACUACCAGCAGCUGAUCCGGGACAAGAUCAAGGGGGUGAACCUGCCGACCCCCAAGAGUUUCGGCUGCAUGUUUGUGGACCUGGUGAACGAGCUCAAGACCCUCAAGGAGGACCUCGUCGCCUGGAAGCUCGGGGGCGAGCUGGAGCGGUGCAAGUCGUCGACCACGGAGGGUCCCAGCAGCGAGGUGUCCCAGUCGGUGAGCUUCUCCCGGCCCCCCGGCACCCACCGGCCCAGCUUCACCGAGCUGACCCCCGACCAGCAGAGCAUCACCCGGCUGGGCAGCCCGCCGGGCAUGGCCGCCCUCCAGCCGGCCGAGGCCGGAGCAUCUCCCGGGACCGGCGUAGGCGCUCCCCCGGCCCCCAAGCAGGCGCCCUCCCGCUCCGAGUCGCAGCGGGACCCCCAGCGGGCAUCGCACAGGGAGCAGCGGGGGCUGAGCAUCCGGCUGCACUCUCGGGAGGGCAGCGGACGCCGCGUCAUGCAGCGCUUCCUGCGCAGAACCAGCUACCCGGAGGAAGAGGGCCCUGCCUCCCAAGUGUACCGUCCGAUGGAGGCGAUGGACCUCGACCACAGCGCGUCGUCGGAGCCCCGGCUGUUCCGCAAGUCAACGCUGCUCAUCAAGAAGAAGGGCAGCAAGAAGAGCACGGGGAGUAGCAGCCUCACCUCGGUCGGAGCACCAGAGGGCGGGGCCACCACCGACGACGAGACCCUGCAGGACUCCCUGCCGGAGGGCGUCGACUCCACCGGCGAGCCCCUGAGUCCUGCCGCGUCCCGUCCCCAGUCCCCCAGCGAGGGGGGUGAGGCCCACAAGCCGAGGCACCGGCUGCAGCGCCAGAAGGCGCAGAGCCGCAAGACCUUCCGGCUGGGCAAGUCGCGCCGGGGCGCCGGCUGGGCGGCCCCCGACAAGGGGGCGGGGCCGGACGAUGCCCCGCCCCCGCCGCUGGCCGAGGAGGAGCCGGAGGGACGGCCCCGCCCCACCCGGGCCUCUUCCAUUCACGGGCUCCCGCCCAGCGCGGCUGGGUCGUCGCUGCUCGCGCUGGCCGCCGAAGACGCCAGCCGCGCAACCUUUCAGUAGCUCGUAGCUGCAUCGUUGGCCAGGCUGGGGCCAACGUUCCUCACAUUCUUUUAACUGUUCUCGGCUGCUCCGAGAACCAGGGAGGUUGGAUAGAAUGGAGCCAGCAUCGUGCCACAAAAUUGCUGCGAAAGUACAGGGGUGGUCCACUGGCGGUCACUGUCCAAGUGUCCGGUGCUAGAGGGCAUCCCUCGCUCGCUGGCAAAUGCCGGCUCGUGGCUUAAUGGAACGAAGGCGGUACGAUUUGGCCGUGCCGCAGAUUUUCCCGUCGAUCGGGCAGGCGUGAAAGAUCCUCUACCCCUACCUCUUUGGACGUAGUGAAGAAAACGUUUCAAGGGAUAUCCGAACAAACGAGACAAAAGCGUCCUCGGUGGUCAUAGAAGGUCGACGGCGCUUACCAUGGGGUCUGCCAGUGUCGUUCCAGCGACAACAGAGGCGAUGCAGACACGUGCGGCACGGAACGAAAAGGAUGCGCAAAUUCACGGUCAGUUAGGACAGAUCCGUCGACAUCGACGAAGAGUGGCACGAGGCUCUAAAGCGAUCCGAGGUUCGUUUGAUCGGUACCAAGCCGAGAAACUCGCUUUGCAUGCUUGGGUCUUGGUGUAGCGGCGACAACUGCCAGCCUUCGUUGUUGUUUUUUUUAAAUCUUUUAGUGAGAGAGAAGGAAAACGGCAGUGUGCGUGCCCCGGUAGCCAACAAUGCUGCCAUUCUUGCGGCAUUUUGUACCUGCGUUCGAGAACCACCACCACGCCACAGCUCUGCUAAUGUUAUCAAUGCUGAAAACAGCUUCGGCUUGGCAGGUCUCGUGGGUGGCACAAGCUUGGCCAACAUCUAGAAUGGGCAAAGCUAAUCGAACCCGCUCUCGGUAAAUCGCAGAAAAUGGUCUUGCAAGGUACAACACUCCAACCCGUCGCAAAGACGUGAAAAUAUUGAAGAGAAAGUGCACUUGCAACAAAACGAAACACCAUUCUGGGUGGCAGCCCUGUGCUACUUUUCGUUCUUCCCGUACAUCAAAUGUGCUUCAUAUAUUUAAAAUCUGUUAUAGCAGUCAGUUACCUCGGACAUUCGCAGAAGCACUUGUUACGCAGGAUUUGGUCCUGCCAUCACAUUGAAAGUGCAGGCAUUUUUAUGCUAGCUGCAUUUUGACUGGGACGAAGAUAGAGCGAAAUAACUUAAAACAAGCAAGGAAAGAAAGCCAAUUCACUGCUGCAUAUGCUCGGUAUGCUGCUUCUAAUCCGUACUGGCCAAUUGUCUCUUUACGACAGGCUUUUGUGCCAACUGCACCAUGGAGCCAAAGAUCUUGAAGCUGUCAAGCAGAUCUAGUGAAACUGUGUAUAUCUCUGUGAUGUUAGAGGCAGUGUUUGUUGUUGUGUGCCACUAGAAAGCUUGGGUGUAGAUCUAUAUAUGUACAUCUUUACAUGCUAGCCUCCUUUUCUUUCGUACAUCUAUCCACAGCAGUUCUACGAUGGGGUGCAAGCUCCGUAGCUAGCAUCCAAAGCGUUGACAGUGUUUCCUCUCUGUUUGUGCCUGUUAGGUUGUGCUACCUUUACUGUCUUCGAAAGGAGAGACUGGUGGAUGGAAUGCGACUCAGUAUUCCGAGAUCAACUUUUAGUCCGACAAGUUGCUAGUCUUUCAGUUGUCCAGACAAGCUGCUUCCGAUCCUACCCUGGACACAGCUUGAAGCUCAAAAAGUAGCCUCUAGGAUUUAACUAGACAUUAUUUUACUCGGCUUGCUUCCCUGUUGUCCUCGGGCAAGUUGUAACGUUGGCCGCCAUCUAUCUGUUGAUGACAAACUGUAGUGAAAUGUAACUUAAUACAGGUUCCAUCCAGUGCAUUUACCAAGAGUCUAGCUUAUAUACAAUGUGCAGAUCAAAUAACCAAACAUUCUUGGUUACCCCUCGCAUCCAAAUCUAUAAUUGUUUUGGCUCGGACAGCUCUUUUCUAGUGGAAAAUUGUGUCUACGACGCAGUUGGCACGAACACAAUGUGGGCACAUUGUUUGCAAUUGGCUCCGAUUAUGUAUGGAUGAUUGCAAACUUUUACCGCCAAAUUGGACGUCCUUACCGUGCAAGCGAUUUUGGCAACUGCUUAAAGGGAUGGCUCGCUUGUGCCAACUGCGUCCGUCUCUACAACGCAGAAAAACUAGUCCAGCGAUUGUUCUCGUCUAGUAGAACAUCGUAGCUCCGCCAAAUUGCUGUGCGUGGCAGACGGGUCUCGAUGCCAGUUACGAAGUAUUUCCCACAGACACCCUUGCAGAAUGACCCUUUAGGGUCUGGCCUGGCUGUAACAUUCCUCAGUGUUGUUUUCUGGAGGCGUCUAUUUGUCCGUGCCAUAGAGCUUAACUUGCAGAGUACAAGAAGAAAGUUUCCCUUUCUCCUAGAGUCUACAGGAGCCGUAGCCAGUGCCCUGCGUUGGUUACUGCAUGCUUCAAAAGUCUGCAUGCAGCAUUCCUCUGUCGGUUUCCUCGAGAGCUGCUGCGCGGCCAAGCUUUUCUUCUGGGACGUCUGUAGUCCAUGGCAAUGGGGGCUCCUGAGCAGUCCCCCUGUCCAUUCGUAGAAGUACAACAACAAUCUGUCCUCGGCAAGAAGACGCAGAAACGGCUGUCUCAAUGUGUUUCCAGCAGCCGGGCUUAGCUGCGUGCGUGGGUGUAUCUCGUGCCUGCGCAGCGUCUUCCUUUGUGUCGCGUUACUGAAAACUGCUGUGUUAGGCAAACAGGGCCGAUAGCGAGCCACGCUUUCGUAGAGGUGUUAGUUGCAAUCUGUACCUGUCUGUUAUUGCUGAUGUGCCAAUGAUGUUUCUAGUGAGAUUAUAGGGCAAUAGCACUCGUUAAUUGAUGUGCAAUGUCGUUCCGAAUAGACUAUUACGUGUUUGCUAUCUAAAGUAGACUAUGUUGUCUGUUUGUAGGCGAAUGUUGCUUACGGUGUCUGUUUGGAAGGGGAGCGCGAGCGGUUCGUGGUUGGCCAGCCUGUUCUGUAUGUGGUGUGUGUUGCUUGACGAUGAACCCGGACUGAUGCUAGUCAGUAGUCCAUGGAGUGUGCGAGGGCAGGCGCCUCAGGCAUGCCAGGAAUUUCGGAGUGUGAAAUGCCGUACGUAAUUUGCAGCCCAUGUGUUUUCUAGGCAUUUGUUGUAUGUUUAUUUUCUAUUUAGAUCUGUCUUGGGCUUUGUACAAGCAUUCCGCUUUUGAAUGCUUUUCUAAUAAAGCUUACGCAGAAACGAAAAA